CGAUUGGCGCGAAAGUUAACAGAGCAAAAGAUUCGCCUCCUUGUCCUCUCUCUUUUCCAGUUUCUAGUGUUCCUCUCCUCUUCAUAAGCUUUCAAAGGGUCUAUACUUGAAGAAGAGUGCUCUCUCUUAAAUUUCUAGUGAGCAAAGAUGCCUCUUUUACGUGGAAAACCCUUCACUCCACAGCCUCUACCACUCUCGAUCUUACCAGACGAGAAUGUGUUUGUCUGCCCUCAGACAAAAGAAAUAUUCAGGAGCUACGAUGAAUUCUUUGAGCGUCAGUAUCUUUGCAAUACAUUAAUCUGGUCCUGUGAGAUGACUGGACAGCAAAACCUAACUUAUCAGGAAGCACUUGACUCAGAGAAUGAAGCUAAGCACUCGAUGAGCUUGCUACCAGAGCUGUACAAGGAGGCCAUCCUUUGGCUGAUACAUCAGAGACCCCAUACCAACAUGAAGAGUAUUCUGGAGAAGGUUUAUCACUACUUUAAGGAGAGAUUCCUUGUUGGGGAGGAACUGGAUUAUUAUCCGACUCCUGGAGGUGAUAAGAAGUCAUCAAGGAGUGUUAGAGUUAUCAGUGUCUCUUCUCCUAUCAUUGCCUCAGCUAGUCCUCCUCCUCCUACAUGUACUCCUCACAAAUCCAAUAAUACGAACACUCCCUCAGCUGCUCAUUUAAAUACUUCUCCUCAAUCAGUUUCCUUUCACUCAUCAACAGAUCCCACUGCUAAAUGUCCUUUGGCUCCAGUUUCUUCAACUCCUGGCCCUCUCUCCUCCACCCCUGCUCCUCCCCUUGCUACUCCAGACCCUUCUUCAUCUUCCCCUCAUGCUUCAUCAUACUUAUCCCCUGAUCAUCCUUCUUCACACUAUCUCUACACUGUUCAAGACAUUGCUAAGAAGUCAUCAUCAUUAUCAUCAUCAUCAUCCUCGCAAUUCACAACCACCAGCCUUCAUUUAAGUCGACCUAAGUCCAUACUAACCAAAGAGAAGUUAAAGUUGUUUCUAAGGAAUACUUUAUACAGAGGACCUGAUAAACACUCACUGCUUGUUAAACCACUGUAUGUUGAAAAGUACAAACUUGCUCCUCGUUCAACAAAGACUAGUCCAUUGUCCUCAUCAAAACUGUCAUCAAGACGCUCUUCUCUCUCUCAGACCAAUCUUGAUAGCUUCCUCUCGUCCUCCACGGCAGGAGGAGGUAGUGUUAAUACCUCUAGUACUGGUAAAGGAAAGAAGCAGUUAAUGAUAUUAGCAUUCCUUAAGCGCGAGGAGGGAAAGGGAAGCGGGACAGGGAGGGGUAAACCCGGGGGAAGUAGCAGUAGCAAGAAGACAAAGAGUCCAAGAAAGAAGUCGCAGGGCAAGUCACCGUUAAAGACUCCGUCACGUAAGAAAUCUCGUCUGUCUCUUGGAGGGAGUGUCUCUUCUGUGUCCUCAAGGAAGAAGAGCUCCAGUAAGUCGCCUCGUAAGCCCAAGAAAGGGGCUGGGAUUGAUUCGAUAAGCUCCACACCCAGUAUCGCUGUUCUUGGUUCGGCUAAAAAGGCAUUGAAGAAGGCAAAGGCAAUGAAGCAGUUGGAUUUAAGAAAGAGUUUAUUGAAAUUAGGUGGAAGUGGAACACCGAGUGAUGGCGGGAUGAAGUCGGCUAUCAGUAUUGAGAGAGUGAAACAGGCUAAACUAGAGAGACGGAAACAGUUGAGAAUGAAACGAACUGAAAUGAAGAAACCAAUUGAGGACACACUUUGUAUGGAGAGCAAACCCUUACCUCUAUUGAAGCCAGCACUGACUGCAAUACCACCAGAGCUGUUCCCUGAUGCUAUAGAGACACUUGAGUUCCUUCAUCACUACGGGCCUACUUUUAACAUAAAAGACGCCAUUCACUCUCCCAUCACCUUCCAAAAGUUUGAGGAGGCAUUAUUGUCCAAUCAUCCCGACACUUUGCUCUAUGAGUUAGUUAAGUUCCUGUUGCAAGCUAUAUUUGUUGCAAUGGAGGAAGAGCACGAGGCAACCAUUGAUAUGGGGGCAAAGAAGAAGGUCUCACCUCCUCCUCCUCCAACUGAUAAUGAUCAAGAGAGCACAGGAGGAGGGAAGGAACCUGGGGAGACUAACAACUUUGUCUCUCAAAAUGGAUCAAGAAGAAGCUCUGUUGGUUCAUUACCGGUCGAUGUACAAGAGAACGAAGUCAGAGAAGAUGACGAGGAAGAGGAGGAGGAAGGAGGGAGACCGCGUGACAUAAAAAUAGAGUCACUGAAACUCUCAGCAAUGACGCAUGCAGCAUGGUCUCAGAGGACACAAGCCACGCCCCUCUCUAAGCUUGCCUUUGACCCAUACACGUGUAGUGAAAUACUCCGUAUGCAUUUACUAUCGUCUGGUGGGUACACAGGUAAUGGAGUGAGGGCUUCAUUCCGGUAUUGUAAUCGCGGGGGAUACUCUGAUGGUGAUGACCCACUCCUUGAGUUCCGUCUUAACAAUUACGAGAUAUUGGAGUCCUUGUCUUUGAGUCCCAUGUACGACCUGAGUCCUUGGAAGAAGCUAAAGAUUGUCUCGGUUCUCUGCCUCCAGUUGUUGAGUUUUGCCUCAUGUAGGGACUACAUGGAGGAAGUGAGGGAGAAAUAUAAGGAUCUGAGGCAGAGGAUUAGGAAACUUCAAAGUAGCCUCACAGAGAAAAAGAAAAAAGGAAAGAAUGUCGAGAAAAAAGAAGAGGGAAAGAAAGAGGGAGAUGGAGAUGAAAGUAAAGAGAAAGAAGAUGGGAAACAGGAAGAGAAGGAUAACAACAAUAAAGGAGAGACUCCUGAUAAGAAUGAUGGCAUUGCUGCUAAGCAGUCAGAAGAAACUCCUCCAGAGAAUAAGAAAGAGAAAAGGGCUCGCAUUCAAGAAGAGAUCAAUGAACUAACCAGGGAACAAUUCACUAUCAGUUCCUGUAUCCGUCUUCAACCUAUAGGCUCCGACAGGCAUCACAAUCAGUACUGGGUAUUCCCCAGUCUACCAGGUCUGUAUAUACAACAACACAACACAGAAACCGACGAUCCAGCUCCAAUUAAUGCUCCUUCCGCUGAUCCCAGUACAUCUCUAAAUAAUGCCCCUUCUACUGAUCCCAGUGCAACAGUGGGUAUUAGUGGUAUCGAACCAAUUGGUAGUACACCUUUAGUUAAUAAUGCUCUUGCUAAUGAUACAAGUAAUGGGGCUGUGCCUCUUAGUAAUGGUGUUCAUGGGCAUAAUGAUAGUGGACAGGUUGAUAAUGAGAGGAAGGAGUUAGUAGAUGAUCCUACUACUACUACUACUGCAGUGAGUGUCAGUCCUUCUACUGCUAAUAAGCUUGUAUCUCAUCUCUUGCCUAACUCCUUAUGGAGGACUCUCUCGUCUCAGGAAGAGCUCAGUUCUUUGUUGGAUGCCCUCAAUCCAAGGGGUCUUCGUGAAGUGGCCCUCAAGGAGACCAUACAGAAACUGUCUCCAAUGUUUCUCCCGUCCAUUUCAAAUUGUCCAGUGACCUCAACUUGCUAUGCAUCUCAAGAGGCUCCUUCCUGUCCUCCCCUUGAGUCCUCUAGCAAUGAGUACCUGGAGCUGUACCUACGGGAACAGAUACUUGACCUGGAAGAGAAGAUAUGGAUUGGUAACCUUGGGUCUGUCCGAGAUACUAAGGAUAGGGCCGACUGGAGAGACGCCAUUGAGUCAUCAGGAGCAGCAAGCAAGUACAAUCAACCAAAGAAGGAAGAAGAAGAAGAAGAGGGGACAUUGAAGAACACUGAUGACCUACCCAAUGGACAUGAUCUCAAUGGCGUUAUUGAUGACGGAAUGGAGUACUCUGAAAAUGGAGAUGAAGUCUCUAUUGGUAAAGUAACCAGUGUCACUGCUAAUGAUAGAGAGACUGAGUCUAACAGCUCCUUAUCUUCAGUAGCAGAACUGGCUAAAGCUAUACUGGACAUACAGAAAGGAAUUGAGAAGAAGUUUCUAUUGCAGCCACUAGGAACCGCCGUGGACAUGAAAUCAAAGUCAGCUAAAAUAAGGCGGAAUGGUUUGCUCAAAAACAACAAAGAAACAGCUAGUACGUGCCUCGAGGAAUGGCAGGAGUCUCUGCUUAAGUCCACCUCAUUCUCUCAGCUGUUUGUUCACCUCACGACACUAGAGCGAGCCAUAGCCUGGAGCAAAUCACUAAUGAACAUGAGGUGUCGUAUUUGUCGCAGGAAAGGCGGAGACGAAUACAUGUUGCUUUGCGAUGGGUGCGAUCAUGGCUACCACACGUACUGCCUGCGACCGCCAGUGUACGAUAUACCAGAGGACGACUGGUUUUGUUAUAAUUGUGUACCGGUAACACCCGUAAAGAGAAGAAGGAAUGUGAUAUCAUUUAAAGGUAUGGAGGAAGAAGAGGAGGAGGAGGAGUCUGAGAAUGAAGGAGAGGAAGAGGAGGAGGUAGAGGAGGAGGAGGAGGAGAGUGAGGAAGAGAUAGAGGAAGUGAUUCCCAAACGUAGCAUGAGAGCCUCUACUACCGUCCAAAGGAAAAGUACUGCUACAAGUAGCAUCAAAGCGAAUACCAGGAGCACAAGAAGUAAAGGCUUGCUUAAAACCAGUACUGACCCUGUUCAAGAGCCAGAUGAGAAACCAAAGUUAGGGAAGAGAGGUAGGCCAAGUAAGAAGGAUCCCUCUCCCCCUCCUCCUCCUCGACCUCCUGCCAGGAAGCGGCUCAAAGUUGAUACUGCAAGCAACAGUAGUACUAGCAGCAGCAGUAAUGCUAAUAAUGGAGUUGAUUUGUCAAGAGCUGAAUGCAUCAUUUCGUCAAUUAUUGAUGUCCGCUGCUCAAAGGUUCAAGGUACAGCACAAGAGAAAGCUAUAAAGACGUUAGAGUCUCAGCUGUGUAAGGCACUACUGGAGGAACUCACCUCUCACUCUGAUAGCUGGCCAUUCAUGAAUGGAAUCAGAAGGAGAGAUCAUCCUGAUUAUUACGAGAUUAUUACUCAGCCCAUGGACUUUAAGACAAUACGUCAAAAGAUCAGCUCACACAAGUACAACUCGUUUGACCAGUUCCUCUCUGACGUCAAUCUCAUUUUCUCCAACUGCUCCUCUUACUUCAAACGCAAAUCGAGGGAAGGGAAUGCCGGGAGCUCCUUGAAAAGGUUUCUUGAUCAAAGGUAUAAUGAUCUUGGACUAGGGAGCCUCAUUGGUAAUUCAAGAAGACGGCGUUCGAAUAGCGUAGAGCUCAGAUCGAGUUCUCGCUAUUAAAGGAUUCUUUAGUAUUAUUUCUCUUCUUUCUUUUUCUGUCUACUGACUGGGUUACAUGCAUGCAUACAUAAAGCUCAUUUAUCCAU